ACCUUUCUUCCUGGAAGAGCUCCCUUCCUUUCAGUUUCGUUUCAGAGAGAGAUAGCAACCCGCAGAGAGAGAGAGAGAGAGAGAGAGAGGAAGAGAGAACGAAACUCAGAGGAGGCGAGGGCGGGGCAGAGGCCGGCGCUCUCUUGCAGGGCGGGUUAGGGUCGCCAGCAAUCGUACCGAGGGGCCCAAAGCCAGGUGAGGAUGCUGAGCACCUCGUCCAGCCGCAUCUACAAGGAACUCUGCGCCUCCGGCGGCUCUUUAAGCGAGGACGAGCUGGGCCGCCGCCUUGGCCUCCAGGGCAGAGCCGGCCUCCUGGCCCAGCUCCUCCAGGACGCCUCUAAGUUCACGCUGGUGACCCGGGAGGAGCCUCCUUCCUCGGCGGCGUCGGGCGGGGAGUCCCGGACGGUCGUGGCCAAGACCGGCGCCCGGCUCUGCGCGCAGCACGGCAGCGGGAAGUGCCAGGGCGACUGCCGGCAGCUCCACCUUUGCCGCUUCUUCGUCUACGGAGCCUGCCGCCACCAAGGCACCAGGAAACAGUGCAGAUUCAUCCAUGAUUUUUAUUCACCCUGUAACCUCGCAGUCCUAAAAGAGCAUGAGCUGGAAAAGUUAAGCUCUGAUGAUUUAUGUCAGCUGCUGCUUCAGAAUGAUCCUUCCCUGUUGCCUGAGGUAUGUGCAUAUUAUAAUAAAGGGGAUGGUCCCUAUGGAUCUUGUAACUUUAAGAAGAUCUGUGUCAAACUCCAUAUAUGUCAGUACUACCUCCACGGAGACUGCAGGUUCGGAAGCAACUGCAAGCGGUCACACGAUGUUUUCAAUCCAGACUGUUAUGAGAAGCUGGAAAAGUGGGGAAUGACCCGAGCUCUAAUUACUAGAAUUCCUCUGAUCUACAGAAAUGCAUAUGACAUCAGAAAUAGCACACCAUCACCUUGCAAAGAAAGAAGAGAGAGCAGUUCACAGGUUCCAUCAACCACAAAUAGCAUUGAUGAAUCAGAUACGAUUUGUUUAUACUACAUUAGGAAAAGUUGUAGCUUUCAAGAUAAAUGUAUUCGGGUUCAUUUCCACUUGCCAUAUAGAUGGCAAACUUUGGAUGGAGCCCAAUGGAAAGAUCUGGCCAACAUGGAGAAGAUUGAGCAAGACUAUUGUGACCCAUUUCAUGAAAGAAUGGUCUACAACGGCCUUGGGAAUGACUCCAAGGUUCUAGUCAUUGAUUUCUCCAAUAUGACUUGUAACAGUGCCAAACUUAGACGCCUCUCUACAGCAUCCUCUGUGACUAAAGCCCCAUAUUAUAUUCUCACAACUGAUUGGAUCUGGUAUUGGAAAGAUGAGUGUGAUGUCUGGAAUGAAUAUGGAGUAAAGGAUCUUGACCAUGACGCUGCGACACUGUCCAGUUUUGACUUGGAGAAGGCCUAUCAGUCCGAAGCAUCACCAACACUCAAGUUUUCAGCUGGGAAACAUACAUAUGAACUUGAUUUCAGAGUCAUGAAACAGAAAAAUCUGCGUUAUCUUACAGAACGAAGUAUUCGUAGACGACCAAAGUUUGUGUCUCCAAAAGAAGUAGAAGAGAAGAAAAAAACUGGUGGAGUGGCACAGUCGAAAGGAGGCACAGCAUUAAUUCCAGCACACUGGGAUCAAUCAGCCUUGCCAGAAUUGGGAUAUACGCUGGUUACCCUUCUGUCAUCUUCCAAUGAAUAUAGAAAAGUUCAAGUCAACUUUCAGCGCACAAUGCCCAAAGCAACAAUUGUGGAGAUCAAGAGAAUCCAGAACCGGGCUCUUUGGGAAGUAUAUCAGUGGCAAAAGGAGCAAAUGAAAAAGGCAAACGAUGGAAAGGAUGUGGAUGAAAGGCAGUUGUUUCAUGGGACAAACAAGAGCCAUGUCGAUGCUAUCUGCCAGCAGAACUUUGACUGGAGGAUCUGUGGCGUUCACGGAACAGCAUAUGGCAAAGGAAGUUACUUUGCAAGGGAUGCUUCAUAUUCUGACAAUUACAGUGAUUCUACCAAUAAAAUAAUGUUUUUGGCCAGAGUUUUGGUGGGAGAGUUUACCAUAGGCAUGUCGUCUUAUCUUCGCCCUCCUCAAAAAGAGGUCCAGAGCACUGGAUUCUAUAACAGUUGUGUGAAUGAUCUCAGGAAUCCAUCCAUCUUUGUCAUUUUUGAGAAACACCAGAUUUACCCUGAAUAUGUGAUUAAAUACAGAAAUUAGAUCAAUCUUAGUUAUCAAGUACAUGCUGUUGCUUAUCUUUUCCAGCCUUAUGAGAUACUUUCUGGAAGACUAGAUGAGGAAGAAUCUGUUUAUGUUAGGACUGCAGUAGUUCACAAACUGUUUUUUAAAAAAUAUUUUGAUAUAUAUGUACUAUGUUGAAUUGGGCAGCAUGCCGAUAUAUUAACAGUUUUAAAACUACCCUUAUUUUUAAAUCCAAAAUUUUACCAAAUUUGUGGGUGAUAAAUGCCUUCUUAGAAGAAGCAUAGUUCUUUUCUCGCAGUAGACGACUUUUCUGAGAUGGUGCCUGCUGUGAUAAUAUUCUUGUCAUCUUGAAGCCUAAGUGAUCACUGUUUUCUUCACAGUUGCUGAAUUCAGAAGGGGUUUUUGUUGAUUGUGGCAACGUUGUUGAUCAAUUUGCCUUUGAAAAGCCUCCACAUGCAUUUCAUAAAUUCGAAAUGGCCUUGUAGAAUAACACUGGUUGAAAAGGCUGCAUGAGGGAGCACCCCUUUUAAAUAUUUCCUGCAUGCAUUUGAAAGUGUAUCUUUCAUUAUACUGGAUCAUAAUAUUGUCUAAAUUAAAAUUCACUCAUCUUGAAGCAGUUGUUUCCGAUAUUUUGAGAUAGCUUUGCUGUAAAUUCUUUCAGGUUGGUUCUUACAAAAAAACGAAACUGAGACAUAGAACACCAUAAGUGCAAUAUUAUGCUGUGGUUUAGCCUGACCAAUUCAAAGUUGAAUCUUGAAGCCUGGCAUGAGUGGUGUAUAUGAGACCAACAUUUAAUUUCACGCCCAAGAGAGGUCUACAGUGUGAUUGAAUCAGUAAUGACUCCAGGUCUUUCGGGAAUUGCUGUUUUUGUUUAGCUGGACAACAGCUUCUGGUGAUACUUUUAUAUUUUCCGACCAAUAAUUUAACUUUUUAUUGUUCUAGGUCAGGGCUUCUCAACCUGUGGGUCCCCAGGUGUUUUGGCCUACAACUCCCAGAAAUCCCAGCCAGUUUACCAGCAGUUAGGAUUUCUGAGAGUUGAAUACCAAAACAUCUGGGGACCCAGAGGUAGCGAACCACUGUAUCUAGUUCUUUCCUCUCUGGCACAAAAUCUAUUAAGUUCAUUUGUUCCUUAUGAAUUUGCCUCAGUGUCUUCAGGCGUUAUAAACAGGGUACAUGCUACAAUUCUGGAUUCAUGAAGUCAAAUCUAUGCUGGAAACAUUUAAAACUUUCACUAUCUGUGCACAUAUACUCUGUCAAUAAUAGUGGAUUGCCAUGAAUGUCUUGCAUAAGUGUUACAUAGUCAUGCUUUGAUGGGUGUAUAGUUGGAUCCCUGGGUGACUUUUAUAACUAAAAGUUUUUCAGAAGUCUGCCUGGUUCAAUAGUUUGCCAUCAUUAAGAAUGGUAUUUUAAAAGUUUAUCUGCAGUAAGUAUGGUUUGGCUUGAUCCUGUACUGAUUUUCUUAAAGGUUUCUGUGGAGUUCUGUAACCAAAACUCUAGCUAUUACUGUAAACUCUUUUAAUGUUGUCAAACUACUUUGCUGGUCAUAAUGUAUCUUGCUUUCCCACUAAAUGCAAAUUAAAGCAUAGGUAUUACAAA